AUGAUUGACGGUGAAUUACGGUGUGACCAUCUUGAGGGAGUCAUCACCAGAGAACAAGAGGCCUUUGAUGCUGAACCCCAGCAUCGACAUAGCCACAUUGGAAAUGGCGCAUCAGUAAAUGGCACCAAUAACUCUCGCCAUGCUUUAUUGGAAGCUUAUACUCAUUGGCGCCUGUUUGAUGAUAUAUAUUGGAACUUCAUAGAUGAGAUGUAUUUUGGGGCUGGUACGAAUCUGGAUGAUCGGUUGGAUCUGCUCCGCAAUGCGGAGCGAGAUAAGUUGGGUCCUUUUGUUCAGCGGAAGAUGGAGCAGGAGAAGGGGCAAAAGCUAGACGUGCAUGGGAUGCUGGAUGAAAGAAAUCAUAAAUAA